AUGGCCGUGGGCUGCCUGCUGAUGCUGAUGGCCACUUUGCUGACCAUGACAGGAGCAGCUCCCACCCCCACCCCCAGCAGAGCCCUCCUGGAUACAAGGGGCUGCAACAUGGCCAAGUUCAAGUCUCUGUCCCCUCAGGAGCUGCGUGCCUUCAAGAGGGCCAAAGAUGCCCUUGUGAGUCUCCUCUCUGUCCUUGCUCACCUGUCUUCUGUCUUCUCUCCUCAGGUAUGGGAGCGCCCUGUGGCCUUGGAGGCUGAGCUGGCCCUGACACUGAAGGUCCUGGGGAAUGUGGACAACUCAGCCCUGGGGCCCAUCCUGGACCAGCCCCUUCACACACUGCAUCACAUCCAUUCUGAGCUCCAGGCCUGUGUUCCUCCUCAGCCCACAGCAGGUCCCAGGCCCCAGGGCCGCCUCCACCGCUGGCUGCACCGGCUCCAGGAGGCCCCGAGGAAGGAGUCCCAGAGCUGCCUUGAGGCCUCUGUCACAUUCAACCUCUUCCGCCUCCUCAUACGGGACCUGAAAUGCGUCGCCAGCGGAGACCAGUGUGUGUGA